GAAGAGUACCUGUUCAGGUGGACCAGGACGACUCGUUAGAAGAACCAUCAUGGCACUCCAAUGGGUGAAGCCGUGGAUCGCUCUGCUCUUCGGACUAUCUGCUGCACAUUCUGAGACUGUUAUGAUUCCAGACAUGACUUCCAUUGGGAGUCUAUAUGAUUCCAAACUGCAAAUCGUAUCAGCAGGAGUGAGUCCCACUCAUAACGGGCAGGUCUGCAGCACAUGGGGUAACUACCACUACAAAACCUACGAUGGAGACCUCUUCCAGCUGCCCUACACCUGUAACUACGUGCUGUCGUCAUUGUGUAAGAGCAGCAGCGGCUACGAGGCCUUUAACAUUCAGCUGCAGCGCGGGGAGGUAGAUGGGCUGCCCACCAUCACCAAGGUUUCUUUGAAGCUGGAUGGAACCUUCGUGGAGCUGGCCAACGGUAACGUCAGCGUCAACGGAUUACAGGUCACCAUACCGUUUGGUCAGUUUAACGUCUUCAUUGAGAGGACCGUUUCCUAUGUGAAGAUCACAGCCAAGCUGGGGUUAGUCAUCAUGUGGAAUGAAGAUGAUUCCCUCUGGGUGGAGCUGGACUCAAAGUUCCAGAAUCAGACAUGUGGGCUGUGUGGAGACUUCAACGGAGUCCAGAACGAGUUCAAUAGGAAUGAUGAUGAUCUGAAGAUAAUCGACUAUGCUGAUAUUUGGAAGAUGAAUGGCCCAACAGAAACCUGUACAGAAAUCCCUGUUCACACUGAGCAGUGUGAAGACCAGACCAAAUUUUGUGAACAGCUUCUCAUCAGUCCUGCCUUCAGUAGCUGUAAGGACCUGAUUGCCACAGACUCCUUCAUCAAGGCCUGUGCAGAAGACAUGUGUCACUGUGGCAACAGCAGCAGCAGUGUCACCUGCGCCUGUCCCACCAUGUCAGAGUACUCCCGCCAGUGUGCUCACGCAGGGGGGAAACCCCAGGAGUGGAAGACCGACCAGUUCUGCUUGGAGACGUGUCCUGUAAGCAUGCAGUACCAGGAGUGUGGUAGUCCCUGCACUGAUACCUGCUCCAACCCAAUGAGGAACCAGCAUUGUGAGGAACACUGCACCGACGGAUGCUUCUGCCCUGCUGGAACCGUGUUCAAUGACAUCACUCAGACUGGCUGUGUAGCUGUGAACCAGUGCUCUUGUCUCCACAAUGGACAAUCUUACCAGCCUGGACAAUCAUUCUCAAGAACAUGCCACAAAUGUACCUGUAUCCAAGGCCAGUGGAGUUGUAUGGAUCUAGAUUGCCCUGCUACCUGCUCCAUAGUGGGAGGUUCCCACAUCACCACCUACGAUGGGAAAGCCUACACCUUCCAUGGAGACUGCUCAUAUGUCCUGUCCAAGCAAACCAACAAGACUGCUUUCACAGUCCUGGGUGACAUAGUGAAAUGUGGGAAGACGGACAUUGAGACCUGCCUAAGAUCUGUAACCCUGGUGACUCCAGAGUCCACGAUGAUCGUUAUCGAUGCCAGUGGAAGGGUCUUUGUCAACAAGAUGUUUUCUCAGAUGCCGCUUUUCAUGGCUGAUGUAAGGGUCUUUCAGCCCUCUACGUUCUACAUCGUUGUGCAUACCUCUUAUGGGCUCCGUCUAGAGGUCCAGCUAACACCUAUAAUGCAGGUCUACAUCGUAGCUAGCAGUUCACACAAAGAAAAAACCCAGGGUCUUUGCGGAGACUUUAACGGUGUCCAAGCUGAUGACUUCAGAACCAUCAAUGGACUCGUGGAAGGAACCGCUGUGACGUUCGCCAACACUUGGAAGACCAAAGCAAGCUGUCCUGAUGUGGCACAGAACUUUGAGAUGCCAUGCAGUCUGAGUGUAGAGAACGAGAGAUAUGCCAAGUACUGGUGCUCAAUGCUGUCAGAUAGUAAAGGAAUAUUUUCCCAAUGCCACACUGAGAUCAACCCAAAUUACUACAAGGAAAUCUGUGUAUUUGACAGUUGUAACUGUGAGAGGAGUGAGGAGUGCAUGUGUGCUGCGGUCUCCUCCUACGUCCAUGCAUGUGCUGCUGCAGGCGUCCUGCUCAGUGGAUGGAGAAACACCACCUGUGGGAAGUACUCCUCCAGCUGCCCUGACACGAUGGUCUAUGACUACACCAUGACCAGCUGUGACCGCACCUGUCAUUCACUGAGCCAGACAGACUUCACCUGCCAGUUAGACCAUGUGUCUGUGGACGGCUGUGGCUGUGCCGAGGGAACCUACCUGAACGACCAGGGAGAGUGUGUCCCUGCCUCACGCUGCUCCUGCUACAAUAAGGGCACAGUAGUACCCCCUGGAGAGGUCACCAGGAUCUAUGGGGCUACAUGCUCUUGCAGACAAGGGAAAUUAAGCUGUACUGGAGAACCACAACAUUUAUCCUGUGAAGAACCAAUGGGUUUCUUCAACUGUUCUAGUGCAGGGCCCGGAGCCAAGGGCUCAGAGUGCCAGAAGAGCUGUCAAACACUAGACAGUCACUGUAUCAGUGCAGAUUGUGUGUCAGGCUGUGUAUGUCCUGAUGGUCUGCUGUCUGAUGGAAACGGAGGAUGCAUCAAGGAAGACCUAUGUCCCUGUUCUCACAAUGGAGUCUACUACCAACCUGGACAUGUGCUCAAAGUAGACUGCAAUACCUGCACUUGCGAAGGCAGAAAAUGGCAGUGUACCAAUAAGCAGUGUGAUGGGAUGUGUGCCAUAUAUGGAGAUGGGCAUUUCAUCACUUUUGAUGAGGAAAGGUUCACUUUCAAUGGAGAUUGUGAAUACAUUCUUACUCAGGACUACUGCAGCAACAAUCCAAAAGGUACCUUUAGAGUGAUCACAGAGAACAUUCCCUGUGGAACCACCGGCACCACCUGUUCCAAGGCCAUCAAGCUCUUCUUGGGGGUAGGAACUACUGUUCAUAAACAGCUUCAGACAUGCAUUAAAGAAGCUGCGAAGGACCACUAUGGGGAGGAGUCAGAAGCUGCGACGGACCACUAUGGGGAGGAGUCAGAAGCUGUGAAAACCAACUAUGGGGAGGAGUCAGAAGCUGUGAAGGACCACUAUGGGGAGGAGUCAGAAGCUAGUGCGUACAAGGCAGGAAGGACAGACGAGUCGUUUCUCAUUCAGAAACCUGCCAUCCGAGCCAAAUUAGAGACACGAGCAGAUUCGCUUCAGGGGACCAACCCUGGGCAGCCGUCCGGUCUGCUGUUCAGAGAUGGAAAGAAGCGUAUAGAUUACAUCCUGGUCUAUAGGAAGUCCAGUCCUCUGGUGGAAAAGAGAGUCACCUUUGAGAGGAACCUGAGAGCUGAGGGGCUGAUGCUGGAGAAAGUGUCGUCUCUAACCAACACGGACAUCAUGUUUGUGAAGGUCCACGUUCCCUGGGACACACUCUGUAAAUACGCUGAGCAGAUGAAUAUCAGGAUGCCAUUCAGAAAAAAAAGGUACUUUACGGAUUGGAAGAGCAAAGUUAUAGGCAGGCAAAUAAAGAGUUGGUUACCCAGCAACCCCAUGAAGCUGGACAAAGAGGCCCUACCUGACCUAGAGGAGACAGACUGCUAUACAGCCCCCUUCAGCAGGGCACGCAUGCACCAUUUUACCAUCAACAACAGACAGACGUUCUUCUCCAACUCCACCAGAAGCAGAAUAGUCCACCAUGUUCUCCAACGCACCAAGUAUGAGGACGGGAAGUCUAAGAUGGGCAUCAACAGGUUAUUGGGCAAUGGGACAUAUGAGGCGGCAUUUCCUCCACACGAGGGUGGCUAUAGGAGCCGACACCCUAUUAAUACCCACGGUGCCCAGAACCACAGACACCUGCUGUACGAGAGGUGGGCUCGCUGGGGCAUGUGGUACAAGUACCAACCUCUCGACCUUAUCAGGCGUUACUUUGGGGAGAAGAUUGGGCUUUACUUUGCCUGGUUGGGCUGGUACACUGGCAUGCUGAUCCCUGCAGCUCUGGUGGGUCUCUUCGUCUUCCUCUACGGACUCCUUACUAUGGACACUAGUCAAGUCAGUAAAGAGAUCUGUGAGGCCAACACAACAAUCAUGUGUCCCAUGUGUGAGCAGAACUGCAAACCCUGGAAACUCAGUGACAGCUGUGUCUAUGCUAAGGUGACCCAUCUCUUUGACAAUGGAGGAACUGUGUUCUUUGCUAUCUUCAUGGCUAUAUGGGCCACGGUGUUCCUGGAGUUCUGGAAGAGGAGGAGGGCGGAGCUGACGUAUGACUGGGACCUCAUCGACUGGGAGGAGGAAGAGGAGAAUCUGCGGCCCCAGUUCGAAGCCAAGUACUCCAGGUUAGAGAGAGUAAACCAUAUCUCUGGCAAGCCGGAGCCCUUCCAGCCCUUCACUGACAAACUCAGCAGACUCAUGAUCUCUGUGUCUGGCAUCUUCUUCAUGAUUUCUCUGGUCCUGACAGCUGUGUUUGCGGUGGUGGUGUUCCGACUGAUUGCCAUGGAGAAGUUUGCAUCGAUCGACUGGGAGUUUGUCAAGAAGAACUGGCAGUUUGCCACCUCUGGAACGGGAGUCUGUAUCAACUUCAUGAUCAUCAUGUCUCUCAAUGUGGUAUAUGAAAAGGUGGCUUACCUUCUCACCAAUUUAGAACACCCACGGACUGAGUCAGAAUGGGAGAACAGUUUUGCUCUCAAGAUGUUUCUCUUCCAGUUUGUAAACUUGAACAGCUCUACGUUCUACAUCGCUUUCUUCCUUGGAAGGUUCGCCGGCAGACCAGGGAAAUAUAACAAACUGUUCAAUAGAUGGAGACUGGAGGAGUGCCACCCCAGUGGCUGUCUGAUCGAUCUGUGUCUACAAAUGGGAGUCAUCAUGAUACUGAAACAGAUCUGGAACAACUUCAUGGAGCUGGGUUAUCCUCUGCUUCAGAACUGGUGGUCUCGCAGGAAAAUGAAGCGGACAGAGAGUAAGGAGAGGACAGGAGGGGGACAGAAUGUGGAGAACAAAGUACAGCUUCCUCAGUGGGACAAAGACUGGAACCUGCAGCCCAUGAACGCCCACGGACUGUUGGAUGAGUACCUGGAGAUGGUUCUCCAGUUUGGUUUCAUCACCAUCUUUGUAGCUGCGUUCCCAUUGGCUCCUCUACUGGCUCUGCUCAACAACAUCAUUGAGAUCCGUCUGGAUGCCUACAAGUUUGUCACUCAGUGGAGGAGACCCAUGCCUGCCAGAGCCACGGACAUAGGUAUCUGGCACGGUAUCCUGGAGGGGAUCGGCGUUCUGGCUGUCAUCACCAACGCCUUCGUCAUCGCCAUCACCUCCGACUACAUCCCCCGCUUCGUCUACGCGUUCAAAUACGGACCCUGUGUGGACAAGGGAUAUCGUCAGGACGAAUGUCUGCGAGGCUACAUGAACAGCAGUCUGUCUGUGUUCGACAUGGGCGAACCCUGGAACGUGAGUGAGGAGAGUAGAUACUGCAGGUACAGAGACUACAGAGCCUCUCCCUGGAGCCCAGUACCAUACGACUUCACUCUGCAGUUCUGGCACGUCCUGGCUGCAAGACUGGCCUUCAUCAUCGUCUUCGAGCACCUGGUGUUCGCCGUCAAGUCGUUCAUCGCGUACCUGAUCCCGGACGUGCCCAAGAGUCUGUGUGACCGCAUGCGGCGGGAGAAGUACCUGACGCAGGAGAUGAUCUAUGAAGCAGAACUGGAGCACCUGCAGGAGGAGAGGAAGACGCACGGCAGGAGAUAUCACCACGAGUGGCCUUAGUGUCAGUCAUGUUACGUCCCCCUGUACUACAUACAGUACCUCGUCUGCAGGGAUAGAGGAUGGGGAUGUAGGUGCUGCACACCUACAGCAUAUACACUCAUAUAUACAGUACCUCGUCUGCAGGGAUAGAGGAUGGGGAUGUAGGUGCUGCACACCUACAGCAUAUACACUCAUAUAUACAGUACCUCGUCUGCAGGGAUAGAGGAUGGGGAUGUAGGUGCUGCACACCUACAGCAUAUACACUCAUAUAUACAGUACACUAACAUACUCUCUCUCACACACCAAUACACACACA